AGCUAUGUAUGGUGGCCCGAGAUAGAUAAACAGAUCGAAUUGAUGGUAGCCCAGUGUGGAAAAUGUCAGUCGGUAAUGAAGAAUCCUCCAGCAGCACCGCGGCAACAUAUUCCGGCUAGAGAAGAGCCUUGGGAGACAUUGCACAUUGAUUUUGCUGGGCCGUUCCAAGGGUACGUAUUCUUAGUGGUUGUAGACGCUAUGUCAAAAUGGCUCGAUGUCAAAAUAGUAAAAAAUAUGGCAGCUUCGGAAGUCAAGCGUACACUACGGGAAGUAAUCGCGACUCACGGGGUGCCCAAGCGAAUCAUUUCGGAUAAUGGCACGGCUUUCGUGUCGGCGGAAAUGAAAGAUUUCUACGCUUCGAACGGAAUUAAAUUUAGUUCCACGGCACCAUAUCACCCGUCUAGCAAUGGGCAAGCGGAACGCAUGGUCCAGUAUCUGAAAGAUUCACUAAGACGAAUGACUGAAGGAGACAUGGAAACGAAGUUGCAGCGUGUUCUUUUCAAACAACACACCACUCCCAACACAACAACGGGUAGGACACCGGCAGAGAUGCUGAUUGGUCGACAGCUGCGUACGGUUCUAGGUAUGGUGCAUCNACCCCGCCUGGUAGCAUGGGCACAUUGUAGAAGUCACUGGACCGGUUUCCUAUGUGGUCGAAUCGACAGACAAAAGAAUCGGCCGUCGGCAUGUGGACCAGAUACGUCGGAGAAUAGUGCAAGUAGAGGAACCCCACGUCGCCCGGGGAAAGGUGAUACAUUAAUGCCGCCCCUCAUGGUGCCAGGUUCUCCUAAGAUACAAGAUCCACCCGAAAAUACGAUAUCAAGCCCNACACAUUGA